AUGGCACCUCGAGAGAAAUCUCUCACAAGAUGGUACAUUGACACGCGACACUUGACUGCCACAACCUCCUCGCUGCCACUGCUGGAGACCCUGCAGCCGGACGACCAGCAGACAGUGCAGAAAUUCAUCCGUCUGGAGGACCGACACAUGUCGCUGGCCUCGUAUCUGCUGAAAUACCUCUUCAUCCACCGCACAUGUCGCAUCCCGUGGAGCGAGAUCACAAUCAGCCGGACGCCGAAGCCGCAUCAGCGGCCGUGCUUUAUCCCGUCGUGUCGCACGCGAGCGGACGGGAGUGAGGUUCCGGAUGUCGAGUUCAAUCACUACCCCAAGCCGUCUUCACCAACCCCCAGCCAUCAGCCGCCCCUAUCCCGUCCAUCCCCCAACGUCGGAAUCGACAUCACCUGCGUGAACGAGCCCUCUCGACGGCGACGAGAUUCCAUCACGACGGAAAAGGCCCUAGCCGAGUUUGUCGACAUCUUCGCCGAGAUCUUUUCCCCACGGGAACUCAGCACAAUCAAGCAAAUUCCCCUGGACAGCCGCAGCAGCCCAGAGAAACUCCAGGAGGCGAUAAAAUCGCGCGUGCGCCUCUUCUACGCCUACUGGGCUCUCAAAGAAGCCUACAUCAAGAUGACGGGCGAAGCGCUGCUCGCGCCGUGGCUGCGUGAGCUAGAGUUUACGAACGUGGUUGCGCCGGAGCCCGUCAGUUCGACAUCCUCUUCUUCUCCCUGGAGUAAGCCCUACAAAGGCGUACAAACCUGGCUGUACGGGAAGAGAGUCGAUGACGUGCGCAUCGAGCUCGCCGCGUUCGAAACGGACUAUCUCGUCGCGACAGCCGCGCGGGGGGGUAGAUUCGGAGCGAGGGGUCAUCAUCAUGCCAGUAAUAAUAAUAAUACUGUGCCCGAUGACGGUAAUGAUGAUUCUGACCCGUGGAAAGAUCUCGAACAAAUCGAUAUUGAGAGGGAUAUCACUGCCUGCGCGAAAGGGCAUUGUCAUUGUUUGGAUUGA